AUGGGUGGAAAAAGUUCAAAAAAAUCUUUUACUGAAUGGGAUUUAAUUAAAUACAGUAAUAUGACAAAUAUUCCAUUAUCAAUAUUAGAAACAAUAUAUAAAGAUUUUAUGAAAGCAACAGGUAAUGCAAAUAAAAUGGACAAAAAUGAAUUUCGUCAUUUAUAUAAACAAAUGUAUACAAGUCAACACCCAAAGAAUACUGUUGCACCUUUUCUUACUGAUGAAGAUUUAAAUACAAUGUCAGAUCAUGUUUUCGAAAUUUAUGAUUACGAUGGAUUAGGAAAAUUAACUUUUGAAGGUGCAGGUGUGUCAACAUCUACAGGUAUUCCUGAUUAUCGAUCCAGUAUGAAUACGAUUCUACCAACUGGACCAGGUGUGUGGGAACUUCGUGAUCAUCCGGGUGCAAAGCGUUCUCCAGCGGUUCGUACAGUCAGUUUAGUAAAAGCAAUUCCAUCAGUCACACAUAUGGCACUUGUUGAAUUAGCUCGACGGAAUCUUCUUCACUUUGUUGUUUCUCAAAACAUCGACGGUCUUCAUCUAAGAUCUGGCUUGCCAUCGUCAUUGAUAUCCGAGGUUCAUGGUAAUUCGAAUUUGGAAAUAUGCAAGAACUGUCACAUGAAAUAUUUUCGUGACUUUCAAACACGAACGGCCGUCAAAAAUCACGAUCAUCAGACAACUCGUAAAUGUACCAAAUGCAGUUCGACACUGUACGAUUCGAUCAUUAACUUUGGCGAGAGUCUUUCACAACAAGAAUUCGAUGCAAGUUUUGAACAUGCAGAGAAAGCCGAUGUAUGUCUCGUAUUAGGCUCUUCCUUACGCGUCCCACCAGCAGCGUAUGUUCCACAAAGAGUCAGUGAACGUGGUGGUAAAUUAGCUAUCGGCAAUUUACAAUUGACUUCAUCAGCUCCAUUGGCUCAACUCAAUAUUCACGCCUUAUGCGACGAUCUGAUGCGAGGAUUGAUGGCUAAAUUAGGCAUUCCCAUACCCGACUGGGAACUUCAUCGACGAGUGCGUGUUACAAUUCAAAAACAAAGAAUUAAGAUAAUGGGUCUCGAUGUCGAUCAAGACAUUCCAUAUACGCUUUUUUCGAGAGCGAGAAUACGAAUUCGACAAGGAACUGCAUCGAAAUACGAAUCCAAACAGCUCACAGGUCAAGAAUCUAUCGAACAUAAAAUACCGGUGAAUGAUAGUACUGUGAAAGGUGAAACAUCAUAA